GUGACUUUGAGGACACCCUGCGAGAGAAAGCAAAACAGCCAAAACAGCUCACAGGCAACUUAGCAAACAUGAUACAGAUGUCAUAAAUAGUAAAGCAUGUACAUCGAUUAUUUCCCUUGUUAAUGUCGACGCGUCCACGCAGAAUAAUUAGUUUUGGGUGGAAAGAGCUAACGCCAUAAUUCAAGCAUGAAUGUUAACCAAGGCACAGUCGGGAGUGACCCGGUGAUUUUAGCCACCGCAGGUUAUGAUCACACCGUUAGGUUCUGGCAAGCUCACAGUGGAAUAUGUACCAGGACGGUACAGCACCAGGACUCGCAAGUGAAUUCUCUUGAAGUAACACCUGACAGGAGCAUGAUAGCUGCAGCAGGUUAUCAGCAUAUUCGCAUGUAUGACUUAAACUCUAACAAUCCCAACCCUGUCAUAAACUACGAUGGUGUUAGUAAGAACAUCACUUCAGUGGGCUUCCAUGAGGAUGGCCGCUGGAUGUAUACUGGAGGAGAGGACUGUAUGGCUCGUAUUUGGGACCUGAGGUCAAGAAACCUGCAGUGCCAAAGAAUUUUCCAAGUCAAUGCACCCAUCAACUGCGUGUGCUUACACCCAAACCAGGCUGAGCUGAUUGUGGGGGACCAAAGUGGUGUGAUCCACAUCUGGGAUUUGAAGACGGAUCACAAUGAACAGCUGAUACCCGAGCCUGAGGUGUCAGUCAACUCUGUGCACAUAGACCCGGAUGCCAGCUAUAUGGCUGCAGUCAACAGCUCGGGCAACUGUUAUGUGUGGAACAUGGCAGGCGGACUGGGGGAUGAGGUGACGCAGCUCAUUCCCAAGACCAAGAUCCCGGCUCAUAAACGCUACUCCCUGCGCUGCAAGUUUAGUCCAGACUCAACUCUGCUUGCUACCUGCUCAGCUGACCAAACCUGCAAGAUCUGGAGGACCUCCAACUUCUCCCUGAUGACAGAGCUGAGCAUCAAGAGCAACAACCCGGGAGAGACGUCUCGCGGCUGGAUGUGGGACUGUGCAUUCUCUGGGGACUCACAGUACAUUGUCACUGCGUCUUCUGAUAACCUAGCCCGCCUGUGGAGUGUCGAAACCGGAGAGAUCAAGAGGGAAUACAGUGGCCAUCAGAAAGCUGUUGUGUGUCUUGCCUUCAACGACAGUGUACUUGGUUAAAACACACACACACACACACACUCUCACACACACAUUCGAUCAGUCACAUUUGUUAAGCUCUUAUUUUGAGUACAGCUAGUAACUCACUGAAACUGCCUUGGCCUUGACCAUUCAGACAUUACUUCUUGGCAAAAUAGUUUGUAUUUUUAAACCUUAAUUCAUCAAUGUUAGAAUUAUAAUGAUGGACCAUCGUGUAAUGUAUUUUUGGGUUUGGCCACAACAACUAUUUAUUAUCCACUUGAGUUUUUAAAUCAGAUCACACCUAUAAGCCUGUAACUAGCUCUGCUUUUUAAAAACUCCCCCUUCAUAACAAAUAAAUAUGUACAACUGCAA